CACUACAAAACUAAACUGGUGCCUGAUCGAGCUAGGGUUUCGAUCAUCAGCCACUCCGCGCUGCAUCGCGAUGGGGCGACGAAAGCAGCAGCGUCAGGAGGCCGCCGACGACGACGACGUCUACGUCGCUAGAAAUCUUAGGGGGAUGCCGUGGUUAGUUUGGUUGCUUUUCGAGACGCCCUCCGGAUUCGCAAUAUUUUCCUUCAAUAGCUACAUCUUCGAAGAAGAGAAUGCAAUCGAGCACAUUUGGGCCAACUUCGUCAUGGACUAUAUAGCAAAAAAAUAUCUCUGGCUGAAACAAUUUCAAAAGUUUGAGGACAAGUCUGCUGCUAUUAAUUGUACUACUGGUCUUGGUGAAGAACUGAGAGAUAUGCUGAAGAUUUGGUGCCGUCGUGGGGAGAAGCUAAUGGUUGGAAGCCAAGAAUACAAAGAAAUAAUCGAAGCAGAUCAGGAGCUGAAGGGAGUAACAUGCCUGCAUAAUGAUUGUGAUGGAGGUGAUGUGGGGGAUCAAGAAUCUCAUGCACAUUUUAGUGCCUGAAGAACAAAAGGUGCUGACCAAGGAGGAGCGCCUCCCAAUCAACAAUGAUAUAGUGGAAACAGCUUGCUACUUAUAUCAUUGUGACUUUCUUGAAAAGAGGCAUUCCAAGGGCCUUCACAUGUCAGAUUAUCACCUUCUGAAAAUAUCUGGGUUGAACAGUUCCGAAUGGGAUACUAUGAAACUAGUAACUGCUCUGAAGAAGAUAACUCGCCCUGGAGAAGAAAUUGAGCACCCCCCUGAGAUGUUUUCAUCAGAUGAGCUAUUAAAGAUAGAGAAAGAUGCAGAUAAAUACAAGGAUAAGAUCUAUAAGACAGCUGUCUCUGAGAUCUGGAAUGACUUAGUGUGUUCUUACAGUAUCAAGAAGGAAAAGCUGAGACACAUGCAAUUCUUGGUUGAGGCGGCGGAGGGAGGUCAAUCAAACUGGUAAUGAUUGAGGUGUUUCACCAUUGAAGAAAUUUCCUUAUUACUCCCUCCGUUUUUAGAUUGUAAGACUUUUUUGCAUUGCUCAUAUUCAUUUAAAAGUUAAUGAAUCUAUACACAUAUGUAUAUGCCUAAUUCAUAAACAUCUAUAUAAAUAUGGGCAAUGCUAGAAAGUCUUACAUUGUGAAACGGAUGAAGUAUGAUGUAAUAUAGCUGGUUGCUGGUUUAAACACAGUUGUGAUGUAUGGAGAAUGGAGCAAAAAUUUGAACAAUUGGGGUUUUAAUUAGCCGUAUUAUCUAGGCAGACAUAGUUCUGUUAUUUUGGCGACCUAUCGUUAUUGGUUACUUCCUCUGUUUAAGGUUAUAAAACUUUCUAGUAUUGCCCACAUUUAUAUAGAUGUUAAUGAAUAUAGGCACACAUAUAUGUCUAGAUUCAUUAACAUACAUAUGAAUAUGGGCAAUGAUAGAAAGUCAGCUUGUUGAUAAAAAAUAUUGUUCUUAGAUAGUUGGAUUCC